CUGUAAUGAUAAUAAUUACCAAGCAAUCAGUAUCUGGUGCAAGCAUACGCCCAAGGUUUUAUUUGGUACUAUUUGUAUGCUGAUAUAUCUCGGAUAUUUUGUUUUCAUGGAAACUUUAAUGUUGAUGGGGCCAAAGCAUACCAAAUGGUUAAUCGUAUUAUAAACUUCCUUUUUAUUCUUUUAAUUAAAAUCUACAGGUUUAUAAAUAUUUUUAGCAACAUAUGUAGGAAUUUUAGAUCAGACAUAUUGAUGGAUCACCCUUCAAGUUAGAUGCAGAGAGACAGAAAAUGGUCCUCUAUCUUGAAGCAGCAAUAGAGCGAGGAGUCCCGUGGUAAGGAUGAUAUUAUCUUUUUUAUGAGUUAACAUAAACUGAAGUGACAAUACAAGGGGCUGACAAUAGAGAUACACACAAAAGACAAGAGUUGAAUUAUUAUUUGAUUUGACUCGCGUCAUGUGCAAGAACAACCUAAACAUCACAAUAGCUGAGGUGGCAACAACAGGUGACAAACAAAGCUGUGUCAUUCUUCUAUUUGGAUGAUAACUUGGGAUAUCCCAUAGAUCCCAAGAUUAUAGAUUAUGACCGGAAGGAAAUCGGGCAAAAUAUACUUCAAGUGAAAGGUAACCGUAAAGAUUUAUAUAAAGCCGAUGAGGAACAAUUCACCCGGUCUUCAUUUAAGGAUGUUUUUGAAAACUUUUCUCGGUUGAGAUUCUCUAAACAUCAGGUGAUGGAAAGUUGUUGACAAAUGCUCAUUGUGUUGAACAUAAUUAAAAUAUUACCUUAAUUAAAAACCAGGUUAUAUAAUAACAAAAGUUGAUAUAAGGCUACACGGUAUGGGGAUGUCCCCACACCGUCGAGGUCCGGCGACGGAAGCUACUGCAUGCCCCCCCCCCGCGCGCGCGCGCGUCCCGGCCUCUCCGUCUCUUCUUCGCCGUUUGAGACGGUCCAAAAAGUGGGGCCCAUCAUUAAAGAAUUCGACCGUUUAAUAAAAAAAAAAAUUCCAAAUUUUGAAUAAUUCCAAACGGUCAGAAUUUUUAAAUAUAUAUAUUUACCUUCUAUUUUCACUUUCAAUCACCAAAUUAACCCCAAAAUUUCAUCUCUCUCUCAGAUAAUUUUUAUAAACCUUCUUCCACUAUUUUAUAAACCUUCUUCCACUAUAAACCUUUUUACACUUUUUCAUGGAUCCGUUCAACAACCCGAACAACCCGAACACUCCGAACAACCCGAAUAAUCCCAACAAUCCGACCCAACCUAAUGUUUUCUCGGUUCCGGGAUAUUAUCCGACGCUAGAACCGAACCAAUUCUCGCAAUAUUCAUCGAAUGCGUUUGCUUCAUUCCAACACUCGCCAAACCAAUUCGCUCAAAUCUCCCAAAAUCAAGCCCUUCAACAAAUGAUGAUGCGGGGUGCUUGGAACUUCCUACCCGUUCAACCUCAACCGAUCCCCACACCACCCGUUCAACCUCAACCGAUCCCGACCCAAUCCGAACCCGAAGACGAUGUGGAGAUUGUUCCCGAAAUCCAACCGCCUAAAGGGAAAGGAAAACGAAACAAAGGCAAGCAAGUGGUGGGUGAUCAACCGUCGAAACCGAAGGCGACUAAGUGGACACCAAUCGAAGAAGAAGCCUUAGCCAAGGCUUUCAUUGGCACUUCUGACAACCCGACAAAAGGUAAUAACCAAUCGGGUGAGGGGUUUUGGUCCAACGUAUUGGCCAAGUUUCUCGUCUUUAUGGACCAAGGCCCGUAUCGAGAUGUCGACUCGGUCUCCUCAAAGUGGCGGAAAAUGAACUCGUCCAUCAAUAGGUUUUGCGAGGAAUAUAAUAAAUUAUAUACAAGUGACCGUCGUAGCGGGUGGAACGACGAGGAUGUGUUCAAAAUGGCGUUGGACAAGUAUAAGGAAAAGAAUGGUAAUACCAACUUUUCUCACGUUCGCGCGUGGAUGGUUGUAAAAGACAAACCAAAAUGGAGGCCUAUUCCCAACGAGGUGGCGAUGGCGAAACGCCAAAAAACAUCGGAAACGGGUAGUUUUAGCGCCGGUGGAUCGGACGCGAGGUGUCACAUAAACUUAAAUGAUGACGCCGACUUUGACGAAGAGGAGUACAACGUACGUGAACCGGAGCGUCCAACGGGCCGAGACAAAUCAAAGAAGGAGCGGGCCAAGGGAAAAGAAAAGGAAAAGGUGGACCCGAACAUGGUUGAGUUUAUGGAACACUUCAAAAUGUACAACGACGUCUUGGCCCAAAAGACGAAGGCGAAGGAGCGGGCCGUCGAAGAAAAAAGUCGUGUAUCGGACGAAAAGUUACGCGAGAAGGUCCGAUUGACAAUUGAGAAAAUCCGAAUUUCCGAUGAAAAAAUUCGGCUCAAGGAAUGGGAAAUAAUAUCGAUGAAUGUGGAGGACGAACCCGAGCUGAAACGUUCGAUGUUGAAAAAAUUACAACACGACAUCAUGAAAAAACAUCAAAUUAUUUAACUCUAUGUUUAUUUUUAUUAAGUCUUUGGUUUUUUUUUUAAGUUUAUGUUUUUUUUUAUGUUUAUGUAAUGUGGGUUUAAUAUUAAUGAAAAUAUUUUGUUAGUAUAUUUGUUAAAUGUUAAAAAAAAAAAUAGAAGACUAAAAAAAAUAAAAAAAACAUAAAAAGUGGUGGAGGACUAUGACUAGGACCAUCCUACCAUGCCCUCUAGU